GUUUUGAAGGAUCCAAAUAAAGAAGUCGUCUCUGCAUUCUGACCCGCAGUUGCCAAUUUGAGCAGUGAGCACAUCUGAUCACACCCUACACGACAGCUACGAUGUCACAAAAUGUGCGAAGACAAUACCGCCGAACGUGUAAUGGCGUUAAAUCUGUCAGUAGCAUGUAAUAUUUGGCUCUCUGGGGGCCAGAGUUGACGCGCGUCCAGAUGAAGAGCAAGGUCCAUCGUGGACUCGUGAUUGCCUACUCGCCUUCUGGUGUAUCCCACGUCAUAGCACAGUCCAUUGUCCGGGCGCCAGAUCACGACCGAGAGGAUAUCCUCGAGCGGUUUGUGGAGAUGAAGCAGCGCGAACUCGCUACUGUACUGCUGUCAUGCGCUCUCGUUGCGUCACUGAUCGCCUCUCUGAUGUCUUGGGACUGGUUCCCUGUCCCAGCAGUCACUGCUAGAAUUGCUGCUUUGUGCGCAUUGAUACACUCAGUAGUCGCUGUUGGUAUCGCUGCCCAGCAGCUGAUAGCGUUGACCCGCGCGCACAUCCACCCUGACCGAGCAAAAAUCAUGCAGUACAUCCUCUUCGGCGAAGCUAUUCCAUCAAUUCCAACUGCUGGACUGGAUGUGUCUUUGACCUCACAGGCCACAGCCAUCAACACAGGAAGUGUGUGGCGGCACUUUUCUUGGCAAAUCCCGACAAUGAUGUUGGGGAACAGUCUUGUUUUCACUCUGAUAGCGCUGGCGAUUGCAAUUUUCGAUGAAGCAAGGAAGUCAGUGGUAUGGCAAACCCCAGAAAUGGUUACUGCAAUAUGCGUUGCUGUAUCUCUGGCAUUCAGUGUUUGCUGUUACUUCAUUUCGUGGUUCUGUAUUGAGUGGCAGAUGCAGGAAGCUAUUGCGAAGGACUUACAAUCUCAGACAUCUCCAAGACAAGCGGGUACCACUGUCGACUCGAUGGUAUAGCUGCGGUGUAGAGAGAGUGCGGUGGAAUGGUGUCACAGACCGAUGUACCCCGCAGAUACGCAGGCCUAUGUACCACACACCAUCAGAUUUAGUGUACCCCACACAAUGGAAUUUGUUGUUAUCACAA